UUUUGUUUGGAAAACACAAAUCUAAACGGAUAUUACAUGAGUAACAAUGGAAAAUAGUUGAUUUGCAAUUAUGACUAUGAUAUAAAUGUUCUCUUAAAGUUGUGUUUUACAUUCAAAACUUCCUUGUAAUUGAAAUGUGAUUUUUUUAAUAUUUCACCACUGCAUUUAUUAAUAAUAUCUGUAUGCAGUUUGAUUAUGGAACUGUUAGCUGUUGUAGUAGUGGCUGGUAUUUUACAAAUCUUACCGGACUUUAUUGGUGGUACCUGCAUCAACAGAAAUUACCCAGUCCAGGAAGACUUAAAAAUAUUUGACGAAAAUCAAAUAGCAGAUUUUGAUUAUGCCCAAUUUGGUAAGUCAAAGACAAUCGAUUGCUGUGCACAUAACGUCAGCAGAAUAUUGUGGUAUUUCUGGAACAAACAAUAUCCAGAAUGGCGGCUAUUUCCAUGGGAACCAUAUUGCAGUAUUUGUGAUAACCGACCAAAAUUAGAAGAUAACAACCAGACAUUAGUGCUAAUGGAGACCGGAAAUGGAGAUUCUGGAAUUUACAGAUGUAUAGCAAUGUCUGAAAACAAUAGCAUAGCGGAACACAACACAACUAUAGAAGUAUUUUCUUGUACAGAGAGACAAACGCCACUAUAUAUAGUCCCUCAAGACAAGUAUGUCAGUAUUGGUGACACCGUUACAUUUUCUUGUGCUGGAGAUUUUGGUUGUACAAUUGACAAAUUCAGAAACGUGGAAUGGUAUGAUGAGAAUUAUGAUUUUAUAAAUAAGUCUAGAUACUUCACCAGCUAUGCAGAAAAACACGGUGAAACACACGUAGAAGCCAAUCUAACUAUUAAAGCCAUCAAGGAGAGUGAUUUUAACAAAACUUUCAUCUGUCUUGUAUCAUCAACGUCUGAUUAUAAGUAUUUUGACGUUCAUAUUUUCAAGAAACGAACAACUGUAACUGUCAUAAAUACUACUACUACAAAAAAGAUGCAUCUACCAGCUGGUGUUAUAGCUGCCAUUGUUGCAUCAGGAAUUUUCAUAGUAAUUGGUCUUCUUCUUCUGUUGUUUCGUCCGAGAGUAAUGUUGUUUAUACUAUCUCGCAUACCAUGUGGUCACCUCGCUGAUAAAGGGAACAAAGACUUCCAUGCCUUGAUAUUACACGAAGACGAAUGUGAAGAUAGAAAACUAGCAGAAAAAUUAAAGACUAGACUGGAAGAAGAUGCUUAUUCUGUAAUAAUGUCUUCUGAUGUUCCAGGAGGUCAAGAUAUUUUACGAGCCCUUGGCGAUUUCUGUCAGAAGAGUGGCAGCUUAAUAAUUAUUUAUCCAACAAAAGCUUGUAGUGAAAUAUUUCCUAGAGAACUUGCAGCACAAAACUAUUUCAAACCAAGUCUGAUUACAGUCAUUGUAAAACAGAGAGGAAUUGAAAAUCGUGUAGAAGCUCUGGAAGACAGAGGUCUUAGGAAGAUAACUUGGCCGGAUAAAGGGGUUUGUUCGCUUUUCGAAGAGACAAAUUUCUAUAGUAAACUUAAACUCAGAAUGCCUAGAAGGAGUUCACGAAACACAAGAUGUUGCACAUUUUGUAGGUUGAACACUUCAGCUUAUAGUGAUCACAUUUCAGAACAAAGUUAUUCGACUCGACUUUAAUUUAAAAGAUAAUUAAUAUCAUGAUUUACUUUCUUAUAGCACAAGGUGGUUACCACGGGAUUUCUACAACUAAAGGGAUACAAUGUAUAUAGAAGCCAUAGAACAUUAUUUAACUCAACUGAAUGUUAAUAGUGUUGUUCCAUUUUUUAGCAUGAUUUAGUUUCCAAAUAUGGGAAAAUAUGUAGUCAACUAUUAAUAACAUAUCAAAUGAUUAGAUAUAUUUGUGAAAACUGCUGAUAUUUGUAAUUUGAUUGAGAAGUGUGAAAGGUUCGGUUUUUUUAUCAUGUUUGCCACAGAAAGUAUUUUUUUUUAUAAUGGUUAAUAUUCUCAAAAACUAGUAAAGAGAAAAUAACAGUUCAUAUAUUAUACAUAUUUUGUUUUACAUUUGUAAAAAUAAAUAACACUUUCAAAGUCUGGUUCCUUUAACCAGGAGGACAUACUCUCACUGAUAUGUAUCGUAUAAAUGUACACAUUCUUCCAGUUCAACAACAUUUCCAGAUGUGAAUAGAUGAUUAGAUAUAAUAGUGUCAAAUCUUAGACGAUUUGGAAAAUGUUUUCCCUUUUUAUAUUUUGCCUUAAUAAAUUUCAUCUAUUGUAA